AUGAGUAGCGAUCAAUUUGAAUUGAGUGACGAUACAAAACCAGAAGUACCAAAUACUUUCCCCAUUGAGGAUGAACAACUGCAACAACAGGAUGCGUCGAAAUCGAGAGAUUUCCCCACUGAAUCGGCAAAAGAGACCAUUAUUAAUCGAUUACGAAACAUACCACAUGAAGAACUAAAAGAAAUAUUAACGAAUCAGCUUGACUUGGAGAUUCAACUAAAACAUAGAGAACUAAAUAUAUCUGACAAUGAAAUUGGCAAAAUUGAAUCACAAAUGUUAAUGCUAAGGAAGUUCUUUGACAUACCUAAUGAUAAAAAACUCAACAAUGAACCUACUGAUUUUACCACAAAAUAUUUCGACAUACUUCAAAAAUCGUUAACGUCAACUUAUGAUAAUUUCAAGCAACUACCGGAAGCUCCACCACAACUCAACCCCAGUUAUUUGGAUGGCAACAAAAGUGGAGCAUCACCAGUUUCUCAACCUGUGCAUUCAUACAGAACAAGAUCUACGACAUCAUCGUUGCGUCCAUCGGCGACCUCAAUUGCUUCAGGGAUCCGGAAUCCUAGUUUGGGAUGUUUAUAUCGACGAACAGAUGGGGUUGUUGUAAGGUUAACUUGCCCCAAUUGUCAAAGAAGUAAUUUUUCAUCAGCACAAGGCUUUUUAAAUCAUAGUCGAAUAGCACAUUCAAAAGAAUAUACCUCACAAGAUGCAGCAGCAUUGAAAUGUGGUGACAUAUUGCCCGAGAUUAAACAGGAUCUUACCGGUGAAGCAAGUAUAAAAAUGUUAGUGGAGAGGGGACUUGAUCCAACUAGAAACUUGAAUGUUAAUGAGUUUUUGUUCGGAAGAAUAAAUACUGCAACAACAUCUACAGGAGAACAAAAUAGUGCCACUGACGGAUCGUCUACAAUGAACCUUAGUAGUAGUAAUGCCCGAAAAUUGGAAGGGAAAAGAGAUAGUGGCGGUAGUGGUGGUGAUAAUAACGAGCAACUUACACAACCACAGCCAAUUACAACAUCACCAACGAUAGAACCUCUGAAUGAGUUGAUGAAAAAACUAAUCAAAGAAGGCACAAUGAAUAAAGAGGAAUAUGAAAAGCUUUUGAAAGAAACAAAAGAGCCCACCAGUAAUUCUCAUUUGUUUGAUGACGAGACUGAAGAAGUUGGCGAUUCAGAAGAAUCUAGUUUAAGUACAACUCCGAGCUGUUCAAAACUGGUUAGUUUAAAUGAUAGGAAGAGAAGACAAUCUCGUGGAGGUAUUAAUAUUUCAAUAUCGAAAGACAUGGAAGUGCAUGAACCUGAAGAAAAGAAGUUAAAAACAUGA